CAAAAGUGCAGCAACGCACCGCACCGCACCAGACUCGUCCACUCGUCUGCAACCAACACAAUGGACGGCUCCGAGACAAGAAAGUCCUUCGACACGGACGCCGAGAGCGCGUCCCCCGAAACAAACUACUUCAAGAUGAUGAUGCAGGACAACGAAAUGGGGAGGGUCCACGACGGCACGGACACGGACAGCAUCCUCGGCGGACAGACACUCGCGAGCGUCAUGAACCAGAACCAGGGCAGCGAAAGCAUCCACCGGCACCGGAACGAAUCGGCCUAUGCCGGCGACAGCAGCAGCUACGAACGGGACGAGAGCAUCGAGGCCGUCCUGGACCCGCAGCAGCAGCAGCAGCAGCAAGCGACUGGCGGUUCGGCGUCGGACAACGUGCCACCCAACCCGAGCGAAACCCUGUCGAUCGUGGGCGUCGAGGAGGACGACAUUAGCACGAUCGCCAACGACACGGUCCACGAGGCCACCAAGGCCUUUUUCACCGGCAACGGUUCCCGGAACGAUUCCAAGCCCCGCAUCCGCCUCUUCCAGGAAUACACCACGCCCGAAAAGAAGAAAAAACCCACGAGGGCAAAGGCAAGCGGAACCGGAAACGCCSAGAGCGGCGCCAGCGACGACGGCAGCGGCGACACGGCGCCGGAAACCCCGCCGGGCAUGAUCCGUGUCCCGGCCGGGAGCCACCGGUCGUCCCGGACCGGGGACGAGUCCUUUUCCGGCAAAUCGAAAUCCAGAUCCGGAUCGAGAUCCAAACCGAAUUCUUCGUUUUUCCGGUCGAGGCGCGUGUACGUCGUCGCCGCGGUGCUGGCCCUCAUCCUGCUGGUCUCGAUCGUGGCCCUGUCGGUGGCCCUCUCGGGCAUGCGGGGGGGGGAGGCCUCCCCGGGCGCGGCGACGGCCUUUGCCGAGGCCGAAUCGGAGAGCAUCCUCGACUUUUGGCCGGACCUCGACGCGGGGACGCCCAGCGGAACGAGUGCCACCAGUGCCACCGGGGCGGGCUCUCCGACGCAAGACGACGAAGAACCCAGCGGAACCUUUGGAGACGCCCAGGAGGAGCAGGAGCAGGCGGGGGACGGUGCUGCUGCCCCGGAAGCCACCACGGGGUCCCCCCUUCCCACCGCCAGCCCCACCACUAGCCCCACAACCAAUCCCCUCUUCGGGCUCCGCUUCGAGGACCUGCUGGACCUGCUGCAGGUCCGCGGGGGGAUCCGCAACGCCAGGGCCGUCACCAAGGCGCCCGAAUCGAUUCAGUACGAGGCGACCCGGUGGCUCUCCGAGGACCCGGCCUACGGGUCCUAUUCGGAGGACAGGCUCGUCCAGCGGUGGACGCUGGCGGUCCUCUCACAGUCCCUCGACGGCGUCGGCGACGGGAGCCCCUCGCUGGCGGGCUGGAAGACCUACACGGACGAGUGCACGUGGUUCAGCAGCUCGACCAAAAACAACGGAAAGAAAGAAUCUCCCUGCGACCAGCAAGGCAUAUACGAGACCAUUGACAUCCGGGACCAGGUCCUGGGGGGGACCCUGCCCACGGAACUGGCGCUUCUCUCGAGUUCUCUAGGUGAGUAGARYACGGUACCKYACAGCCGCCGAGGCGAUGUCGAGAAUUCGAUGGAGACUGGAGUUGGCGCUUGCCCUCGUUCUUGAGCUCCUGCUCUGUCUAACCCCUGCCAUUUGCCAAAUSCGAUUGAACUCGAUCCACAGUCCAUCUCAAUCUAGAAGGGAACGAUUUGGUGGGAACGAUCCCGAAAGAAUUCGAAGAUCUCUCGUUUCUCGGUAGGUUGGGAUCGAUCACCGCACCGCACCAUUCCGAUCGUGGAACAAAAACCGUUUGCUGCUUUGGAACCCUUGCUUUACCUCCAAUAUGCUCUAGCUCACCGAACUCUUGUUUCGCUGCACUGCACUGCACUGCACUGCACUUGCCCCCCCCUCCCCCCUUUGUUUUCUGGAACAGAGACCCUGCGGCUUCGACGAAACAACCUCGUCGGUGGCCUGAAUAUGGAUUUCGGCAACAUUCCCGAUCUUGGUACGUCGAUGCGUUUCUUCGGAUCCAUCUGUUUUGGUGCCCCGUUUCUGGAUGCUUCGGCACACKGUUCUUGURCCGGMAMAUCUGCUUUCUGACACGAAUCCUUUGUCCCUCGCUCCUUUGUCUAGAAAUCCUGGAUCUUGCGGACAAUSAAUUGACGGGAAAGAUACCGUACAGCAUUGUGGAUGUGGAAACACUGAGUAAGUUUUGUCUACUUUGUGUUCGUGUGUCGGAGUCACAAAUUCCUCUCGUUCUCAUUUCUUGCGUUGUGCCAUUUCUCAAUGACGUUUCGAACCAAUCCUCUCGUUAGCCGAAAUCUAUUUGGAUUUCAACAAUUUGUCGGGAGACAUCCCGUGGGAAAUCGGAAACUUGGAGGCACUUGGUACGCAAGGCAACCCUAUUCGUUUCUAUGCCGGUGUGCUGCCUUCUCAAUUGUUCGUUCCGAUCGCUCAAUGCCUGUCUGUUUCCCCGUCUCUCUCUCUCUCUCUCUCUCUCUCUCUAUCUAUCUGCUUUCAGAGAAACUGGCCCUGAGCAACAACAAUCUCACCGGAUGGAUUCCCGAUGGCCUCGGGAACAUGGACAACCUGAAAGUGUUGACCCUUGGAAACAACAACCUGACCGGAGCUUUGCCCAAGGAUGUUUGCAAGCUCAAGGGCGUGGACGUCCUCGUCGUCGAUUGCGACAAGCAGGGCUGCGAAUGCUGCACGGAAUGCUCCGCAACCGAGGCUCCCACCCUUUCUCCGACCCUUCCCCCGACGGGGGUUCCGACCGUCUCGCCGACCGUCCAUCCGACGAGCAUGAUUGUGCGAUUCACGCCGCAGCCGUCCGGAACGGAACCCCCCACGGCCUCGCCGACUCUGUCCCCGACCACCAAGGAACCCACCGAAUCCCCGACCACGGGGGAACCGUCGGCGUCUCCCACCGCUUGCACCGGAAACGAAAUGAAGGUUUCCAAGUACUGUUACACGCAGGCGGAGGAGAUUACGGUUUCUCUGACGAAUUGCCAGGCCGACCGGGACGACUGGGUGGGUCUGUACCGCCUGGACGAAACCUUCAACAGCAUGGACCUGACCAACCCCGACAUUUGGUCGUGGGCGUGCGGCACGCGAAAUUGCCGGGAGCCCGUGACCUCGCAGGUCAUUCCCCUCGGUACCAUCCACGCCGGAAACGGCCAGUGGCCUUUGCAGGUGGGAACCUACGUCGCAAUCAUUGCAAGAAACUCGGCGCAGCCGUACAUUGCCUUUGCCGUCAGCGACGCCUUUGUUGUAUCCGAGACGUGCUAGGCAGCGGCAUCCAUAGGGCCGAAAGGGCAGCCGACCAGCAGCUGUCCCGGCAACGACAGCACGGCAGAACGCACUCGAAUGCCCCGCGAAACAAUUUGCGUUUUUAUGUUUAAAAUACUACUGUAAUAGAAACCUGUUCUAUCG